UCAUAUGAAUAAAUGGGAUACAUGAAGCUUUUAUCACUCCUUAGAAGACAAGUGCUGGAUAAAUCCAAGAUAUUAUUUGAUUUUUGGAUCCAGUAUUGUUGGAUACCUCCAGAUGGGGAAACUGAGGCACAGAGAGGUUAAGUGGCUUGCCCAAGGUUACAAAAUGAGUCAUUGACAACCCUGGAGACUGAAGACCUAUUUAUUCACAGACCAGAGACUUUGGAAAGAAAAUUCAGUAACAGAUGUUCUUCACAACCAAGGUGGUACUUCUCAAUAAGCAAGGGGAUCUUGGUGACUUCACUUCUCUGGAUGGAAAGAGUCUGAUUGAUCUACUUCAUGAUGUAGGGUGGAUUGGAUUAAAGAGAAGUCAUGGAAACUGAAUUGUGAUCAACUCUAUAGUGAAAUCAGGUUGGAGUUAUUCAUGUGCCAUUCCACCAUUCACAGCAACACUGCCCACCCAGAAGCGUUUAUGUGGCAGAAUCACUGACUCUCCUUUGAGAGCAUUUCAGACCUCAGUACUCUUUAUCAUGGAGAGACCUUUUAGAUCUAGGCCAGGUACUUUGCAGAAUUCUCAUUCCGGCCCCUUUUCCCCCAUUUUUCUUUUUCUAUUUUUUUUUUUUAUCCUUAUCUCACCUGGACACUUGACCAGUGGUGACAAAAGGAAAACUUUUCCCAGGAAUUUUCCCAUUAUCUCUCUUUAUUAGAAAGCAUGAAUGAUUCUGGCUAUCCAGAUAGCCAUCUCCCCAUCUAUUUUUCAGACAGCAGGAUCAGAAUAUUUUGGAGCAUGAGUUCAUGGGUACUGUAAGAGGAUGUAAUUUCCUUUCCUCUGUCAUUUAUUGCCUUUUUCUUUGCCUAGAUAGUUGAUAAUAAGGCUCCUUCCUUUUAUCCCAAUUUAAAUGUUGAGCCUGAUUAUUUUAAGUGAUUAGAAUGUGAAUAAGAUUAAAGUUAGGUGUUCAGUCCCUCUAUUAGUUGACUUCACAUGGAUUAAAGAAAACUCUUUGGUCCCAGAUGACAUUCCUAAUCCUGGCCAGCCUGUUGCUAUUACAAGGAUAAACGGACAGGACUUGCCUCCAGCCUCCCUGGUCCCGUGAAGAUGUUUGGAGGGCAGAGAUGACCCUAAGACGUUCUGGAAGGGGUAUGGCUUUGUUGAAUUUGAUGACCUCCGUGAUGCAGAUGAUGCUGUUUAUGAACUGAAUGGCAAAGACCUCUGUGGUGAGCGAGUAAUUGUUGAGCAUGCCCGGGGUCCUCGUCGAGACGGCAGUUAUGGUUCUGGACGCAUAUUGGUAUCUGCUUGAACCUCCCAAAGGUGGAUAUGGUUAUAGAAGAAGUGGAAGAGAUAAAUAUGGUCCUCCAACUCGUACAGAGUACAGAUUGAUUGUGGAAAAUCUGUCCAGCCGCUGCAGUUGGCAAGAUUUAAAGGAUUAUAUGCGUCAAGCAGGAGAAGUAACAUAUGCAGAUGCUCACAAAGGGCGCAAAAAUGAAGGUGUAAUUGAAUUUGUGUCCUAUUCUGACAUGAAAAGAGCUCUUGAAAAGCUGGAUGGAACGGAAGUCAAUGGCAGAAAAAUUAGACUCGUUGAAGACAGGCCUGGCUCUAGAAGACGACGGUCCUAUUCUAGAAGUCGGAGUCACUCGAGGUCCCGCUCUCGAAGCAGACAUUCUCGUAAGAGCCGGAGUCGCAGCGGCAGCAGCAAGAGCAGCCACUCGAAGAGUCGGUCCCGGUCCAGGUCCGGCUCCCAUUCCAGGAGCAAGAGUCGCAGCCGCAGCAAGAGCCGCAGCCGAGGCAAGAAGGACAAGAGCCGGAGCCCAAGCAAGGAGGACAAGAGCCGUAGCCGCAGCCGCAGCCUAGACAAGCCCCGGAGCAAAAGCAAAGACCAGGCCGAAGAGAAAGUCCAGAACAACGAGGAGGAUGGCAAAGCUAAGAGCCGCAGCGCCAGCCAGGACAAGAGCAAGAGCCGCAGCCGCAGCAAGGAAAGAGCCGAGAAGGAGAGGAGGGGCAGCCGCAGCCACAGCCAGGACACCGGCACGGGCAAGGCCAGGAGCCGCAGCAAGAGCAAGGGGCAGAGCCGCAGCCGCAGCCGCAGCCGCAGCAAGAGCAAGGACAAGAGGAAAGGAAGGAAGAGGAGCCGGGAUGAGAGCCGCAGUCGCAGUCGCAGUCGCAGCCGCAGUCGCAGUCGCAGUCGCAGCCGCAGCCGUAGCCGUAGCCGCAGCCGCAGCAAGAGCUCCAAGAGCAAGAGGCACAGCAAGCGAGAGAGCAAGGCGAGCAGCAGCAAGAAGAAGAGCAAGGAGGACCCUGAGCGCUCCCGGUCCAGGUCCAGAUCCCGCUCCCAGUCCAAGGGCAAGGAGCACCUAAAGCUCGAGGCUGGUCCCAAAGAAGGCAAAGGUGAUGGGGAAGAUGCUCAGGCAAACCAGGAAGCUCAGUCCAGGUCCAGAUCUAAUUCCAAAUCAAAACCAAACAUUCAAUCAGAAUCUCGUUCCAGAUCAAAAUCGGCCUCAAAAACCAGGUCCCGGUCCAAAUCCAGAUCUGCCUCCAGAUCCCCCUCCAGGUCUCGAUCUAGAUCCCGCUCGAGGUCCUAAAGUAGCUGCCAGCACAGGUGGAAGGAGCUCCACGAGAAGAGUCUUUUGUACAUGUUGGGUAGCUGUAGCACAAGUGAUUGAAGUGUAGAAUCCAUGUCAAUGCUGUAUAUUUUUAACUCCCCCCAAUGGUGUGUCUGUAAUUGUGAAAUCUCAGUGCCCGCUCCCUCUCCGUGAGGCCUGCUGGGGCCAGGCUUUUCUGCUCGAAUGAAAGAUCCCUGUAAUUACACAGCCCUCAUUAGAUCAUCCCAAAUGCCUUAGCCCGCAGGCCUGGCCUUACAGAUAGGGAGCUCGGUGCCAGUGGCUUGGAGGCUGGAAUGAUGAUGACAUAGGUAGGUAUGAUGACUUCAACCAUUUCUGCCCUUGGAUUGAUGCCCUUUGAUGUAUGCCAUUUAGUGAAAGUGCUAAGUCUUAAGUUUCAUACUACUUUGGUUUCAUAUUUUUGGACUUUAACAAAGUUGUGAAUAGCACAGUCAAGAAACUGAUUCCUUCAGUAAUCCAUAGGAAAUCCACUGUAGAGUUCCAUAUUCUGGUAUUGUGACUAUACUCUUGUUUUAUAUUAAAAAAAAAAACAAAAAAGAUUUUUUUUUAAUUUUAUUUUUCCCCAUCUUGCAAAGUACAGUGAUCCCUGUUUCCAUUAAAUUUGAAUAAAGACUAUUUUUGCUUGACAAAAUUAAA